GCCCGUCACUGACACAUCUCUCUCCCAGACUCCCACUCACAUCCCGUUCUCUCACAACGCACAACGGGACAGACAAGAAGACGGAGGUCCGUUACAGCCAACUGUUCUCUCCACAUUUUACAACAAAAAAAGUCGUAACCAUGGGGAAGGGAUGCAUCACGGCAACCAAGUACUUCCUGUUCCUCUUCAACCUCCUCUUCUUUGUCUUUGGAGCAUUGAUCAUGGGCUUUGGACUGUGGGUUCUCCUGGAUAACCAGAGCUUCAUCGCAGUGCUGCAGGAAUCCUCUACCACCCUGAAGGUAGUGUCCUACAUUUUCAUCAGUGUGGGGUCUCUCUCCAUGGCCAUGGGCUUCCUGGGCUGUAUAGGAGCCAUCUAUGAGAUACGCUGCCUGCUGGGCCUGUACUUCACCUGCCUCCUGCUCAUCCUCAUUGCCCAGGUAACCGCUGGGGUGCUCAUCUACAUUCAGAGAGACAGGCUGAAGCAUGAGAUGUCCAACAUCAUCAAGGGGAUGUUGGUCAACUACACUGGUCAGAACAGGACCACAGAACACACCUGGGACUAUGUACAGAGGACGAUGAAGUGCUGUGGUUGGACUGGCCCAGGCAACUGGUCGGAGAAUGUAUGGAUCAGGAACAGUUCUGUCUCCAUGUACCCCUGCUCCUGUCGGAACGAAACCUUGCCCGGGACAGAUGUCAGGGAGACAGGGCUCUGUGAACACUUGUCCAACGACCUGCCGGUCUACGAAACGGGCUGCAUGCAUAGUGUGGAGGGCUGGUUUCUGGAGAACUGUGGAGUUAUUCUUGGAAUCUGUGUUGGAGUGGCAGUCAUUGAGCUUCUGGGAAUGAUCCUGUCUAUGUGCCUGUGUAAAAGUGUUGUCCAGGAGGACUACACCAAAGUACCCAAGUACUGACUAUGAAGACCUGAAGACAGGAAAAGCUAUACACCACACACAGCAUAGAAGCACAGACAUGCAGACACACACUCUGACAGUGAAACACAGACACGCAGCCACACACUCUGACAGUGAAACACAGACACAGUGUCCGGACACACACACACACACACACGCCCUCUCAAUCAAGCACAAGGUAUGGACCUGUAUCUUUUUGGACACACACAUUUUGCCUUAUCUUUCAUCAAAUGACUUGGUUUUAGAAGACACUCAUCUUUAGGUAUUAAUGAAUUCAACGGUGGGAUACAACGUAUCUGAUGGAGUGAGUGUGAACAAACACCCAUGUGAACCCAGGAUGUUCCUCAGUUCUCAUCUGUUAUUUUCUGUCUCUUCCUGAAGCGCUUAAUCGGGGUUGUUACGUAAUUAGUUAGCAAGCUAGCUUUGUUUGUGAGAGCACUUUAGGGACUUUUUGUGAGCUGUUGAUCAGUGAGACAGAGAGAGGACCUGGACCUGUGCUGAUCUAGGAUCAGGUAUCCCCUUUCCGUUCUUUGUCUAUUCAUUAUUAUCUAAAAGGCAACUGAUAGUAGAUCAGCACUCCUACUUUCUGAAGAUGGGCUUUGGGGAGGAGCUUGAGAUGCAACCCUAUGGAACACUGUGGAGGGGGUACUGCAGGAGGGGUAUCCCACAGCUGCUAUUUGUGGUGCUGGGGUGGGUUUUACUUUUUACUCCACUCUUUCAUCUGUCUCUCCACGGAGGUUUUAGUAUCUCCUGCCUUCAUCUGCCCUCCCUCUUUCUUACGGGUGUGUCUGGUCUGACUGGUCUCCGGGAAAACGAGUAGCUACCAAGAUGAAUUCAUAGAUUUCAUGAAGUAUAUUAUACACAGAGUGUGCAAAACCUUAGGAACACCUUCCUAAUAUUGAGUUGCACACCUUUUUUUGCCCUCAGAACAAGUCUCAAUUCGUCGGGGCAUGGACUCUGCAAGGUGUCGAAAGCGUUCCACAGGGAUGCUGGCCCAUGUUGACUCCAAUGCUUUCCACAGUUGUGUCAAGUUGGCUGCAUGUCCUUUGGGUGGUGGACCAUUCUGGAUACACACAGGAAACUGUUGAGCAUGAAAAACCCAGCAGCGUUGCAGUUUUUGACACACUUAAAUCGGUGCCCCUGACACCUACUAUCAUACCCCGUUCAAAGGCAAAUCUUUUGUCUUGCCCAUUCACCCUCUGAAUGGCACACAUAAACAAUCCAUGUCUCAAUUGUCUCAAGGCUUAAACAUGAUUCUUUAACCUGUCUCCUCCUCCCCUUCAUCUACACUGAUUCAAGUGGAUUUAGAGCAGGUGUUCCUAAUGUUUUGUACACUCAGUGUAUAUGUGUGUAUGAUAUAUUAUGCUUGUGUUUUACUUUCUUUUAUUAUUUUAUUUUCCUAAUUUCUUUGUCAUUUUUUAAAAUGUUUUUUUUUUUAACAAUUGGUCAUAUGACUUUAGUAAGGGACAAACGAGUGAUGGUUUGAGUCACUCUGAGCUUGGUCAGCAUUUUAUAUUGGAAAGAAAGCGAUCACCUCAGCCCGCCUGCUCUGUUUUUGUUUUAUUUUCAGAAUGCUAUUCUUUGUUUCCACUCUUAUUGUGUGCGCCCCAAAUUGCAACCGAUUCCCUAUAUAGUGCACUCUACUUUUGACCAAAGCCCUAUGUAUCCCCUAUGAGCACUGAUCAAAAGUGGUAUACUUUAUAGGAAAAAAGGCAUAAUUUGGCAUGCAGAUAUUGUCUCUUAUUAAUUACAGAGUCUGGCUGGCUGAUGUAGUAGCAUCACUGCUAUUAUCGCCACUAUUUCCUGUGGAAUAGGCAGAGAAAUUGGGUCCUGACUUUAUGUAGCUAUUGUAGUCAGAAUGAGACUGUUGGUGAAACUGUUGGUCCCCUUAGGUCUCUGGUCUUCAGCCCAAGAAUUCCACCACCAUGACUGUCAGCCCUUUAAGCGGUUGCUACAUUUCUCAUUUCAGCAUUACUUAUAUAACUACACAUUCAAAAACAGAUGUAUAAUUAUUUUAUUAAGUUGGCCGUUUUCGACACGAAGAGGAGAGUUUUUAUGAAAAUCCCUGUGAAGUCCUCUUUGUACUGCCAAAUUGAGACUUUAUAAUUGAACUUAUAUUGUGUUUUGAAAGUUUCUAUUUGACUCAAUAGAAACAUUCUAAAGUCAUGUAUGUAUUUGUUGUAUGUUACAUGUAAGGGUGUUCCUGGAGUUAGAAGCCAUGUUGAAAAGGAAAACUAUUGGGAUUUUUUAUUCAGUAUCAAGAAUUGUUAAUAAACUGAAUCCAUCACAAACCAUGA